CCAACGCUUUAAUCAUUCACAUGGUAUUGCUUUCAAGAUGGAAAUAUGCAUAUUCAUCAGCCUCAUCUCACUGUCCCGUUUCUUAUGUUUUUUGUUCGGUCCCGCAGCGCGAGUGCAGAGCAUUUGAAGAUUCUGGCAUGUCUCUCGAAGCGUAUACGCUCCAUAACCCUCAAUCUCCCUUUGCUCAGAUGCUCUCCAUAGAAGAACAGCAACAGCAGCUUCGCGGUCUUACGAAUACAGUCAUUAAACGACUAUUACCUCCCGCGGAUAUCGCCUCACCAUUGGUAUGCAUUCUCCUCAAGGAACUACUUUCGACCCACCUUUUUGGCAAUAUUCUCGAAAGCUGCAGCGAUCCCGACUUUAUCAAUUCUCAAAUCAUUGAUCAUCUGUCCGAACAAGAAAAUACGAUGGAAGAGAGUAUGAAUCCGACUUUGGGCGAUUUGGACGGAUUUCGUAGCGUCGUUGAAAAGGCGACAGAGGAAGCCAUCGCUUUGGAGGAUCAUUCUCCCUCACCUAUCCAAGAAUUACCCCAAGAGUUACCUCCAGCUCCCCAUCCUGCGAGUCCGCCUUGUACACCGCGACCUCAACGAUCCGCAAAGACUAAUGUUGGUUACACGAAAGAGGGGACAACCCGUCCCUCCUCCACCACGGCAACGAUUGAACACACGUCGCCGGGGAGCCACGACGAAGUUUCCAGCCGACCUACCGUGGAUACAAGCAUCAAGACAAGGUCCGAAGAAGAGGAAGCGGCUGCAGAGAGUCCAAUGUUAUAUCCUCGCGGCACUGUGUUGUUUAGCGUCAUGGACAUCUCGGAGCGUCGUGCUUCUACUGGACUUCCCGAUAAAAAUAAACUGGCCUUCAUUAUCCAGAUUGAGCGACCCGCCAUGCACGGGCAACCGGGAUCCGAAGGAGGAGGGUACGUGAUUACGCGAAAUUACACGGAUUUUGAAGUUUUCCAAUCGAUCAUGGCUGCCAAGCACCCCAAGCAUGUCGCACGAUUAAACCUGCGGUUACCUUUGGAUGCCAGCCGGUCCUGGUUGAAAUCCGCCACCACCGCACCGACGAACGACGCGGAAGCCAUGAGUCGAAGUCUGGAAAAAUAUUUGCAUACGGUUGUGCAGGAUUCGGAACUGGGACGAGAUCAAACCAUUACAGCUUUUCUACGAAAAGAGCGACGCAACGAUCAGGACGCCGAUAGCCUCACGUUUGCUGACGAAUACAGGGAUCAAAUUAACGCUUACGCCGCACUGGCGGAAAAACAAACGCACGCCUCACCCACCAGUGGCGUCGGCAGAGCCAUGUCACUCUUUUCACGAGGGCCAGCCCGUCAUCAGCCAACAACUACGACAGCGGAUGCUGGAGCGCUGGAUCCGCUUCAUCCUGAGGAUGCCACUACCACCACCACCACCAGCACCCAUUCACCCACCGAACCCUCCAAACGUUGGUUUAAAAGAAAAUCGACCCGUGAGGGUUCAAUAUCGAGCUUGUGGAGCAGUAAUUCCAGCAGCAAAGAAGACACCGAGGAUGAGCAUGAUUUCAAAGAGUUUCAAGAAAGCACCAUACCCGAAGAAUCUGAUACCAGUCCUUCCGUUUCAUCCAUGACCACAUCACUCGAAACAUUACCCACUGCAGCUACUACUCCCUUGAAAAUCAAUCCAGCCAUAGUCCCUACUCCAUCACCAGAGGCACCGAUAUCUUUGGAGGCAUCCACUCCGGCUGAUAAACCGCGAAAGAAAACAUCACUGUCGGCGGUCGAUGUCGAAUUGUUGAUAGAGACCACCUUUGCUCUCGUCGUUGAGAUUUUUGAUCUUACACGCACCAACAACAAGGCAUGGAUGCGACGAUCGUUGCUCAAUUUACUACGCGAAAUCGUUCGACGAUCGUAUACUGAAAUCAUCGCCAAAGGAUACGACGACUACAUGAACGAAUACCUUUCCCCGGAUGCUAUUGCUCAGUUGAUUGACAAGAUCAACGAUCAAUACUGGCCCACAGAGAAUAAUGAUAAUUCGAAAAAGUCGUCGUCCUCGUCACGAUCAAUCGAGGAGAAAGAAAAAUGCCGACGACAAGCACGGAUGAUGCUAAUGAAUCGAGCGAUUCCGGGCGGGCUGCGCCAAUUAAUUGGUGACCAGAAUUGCAGUGCUGCUAUGGAUAGAUUAUGGAGACGAUGUCAGAACCCAGAGCUGAAUCGUAUUUUAAUGUUGCAAAUUUUAGAACGGAUCAUGCGACCUAUCUUUGUUUAAAGAAAAACAAAACAGAGAGGGAAAAACAUGGCUCUUUAUCGGAUUAAAAAUGUAUCACGUUUAGAAAAAAAAAAAGCACAAGGGUUGGGAUUGAAAAUACAUAUAUACACUAGCUGCAGGUGCUCGUUUAUUCG